AUGUCUCUGUUCAAAGCGAUGCGAAUUUUGUGGUUUAAACUCCAGCUGUAUUGUCAGAACAAUGUCGCUCAUCGCGUUUUACAGAAACUCGCCAAGAGAUACUUUGGCACAUUCAAAAUCAUUAAAAUUGUUGGAUUUGUGGCGUAUCACAUGGAUCUUCCAUCUUCAUCUCGUAUCCACCUAGUUAUCCAUGUUUCCCUCCUGAAACCUUACCAUGGCGGAGCACCUGAGAGAGAUCUUACACCUAUUCCAACUCCUGACUGCAUCCAUUACGAAGAACAAGGCGUUCUUCCAACCCAGACCGCAACACAACAAGAGGUGAGUAAGAGUCCAAGGGAAGCAGUACACGCUCCCAACAAGAAGAAGAAGUUUUUGACAUUUGAAGGAGAAGAGAAGUUUUCAUAUUUGUCAAAAUGGGUUUCAGAAGGUUCUUUGAAGACAGAGAAAGAUAAGAAACUCAAAGUGCACGUGAGAAGUAUACAAGUAGAAAAUGGCAAUCUCAAAUUGUGCAAGUCUCUUAACGUGGGGGUAUCACGUGACUUAGAAGACCCCAAGUGGCCUAAGCAAAGUUUCGAUUUUACCCUUCCAUUUUCCAAUGUCUCUUUUGAUACGCCAACUGCAACGUUAAUUCCAACAUGCAUGUGA